GCUCCCACGCCCACAGAGGACACUCCCCAGUCCCCAUGGCUGCCAUGGCCACCGCCCUCUCCGCCUCCCUCCCGCACCUCCCGCCCCGCCGCCUCCCCUCGUCUCCCGCCACCGCGGUAUCCCUCGCCCCCCGCUCCUUGCGGCGGCGAGAGGCUCCUCCACGCCUCGCGGCCGUCGCCUCGGCCUCCGAGGUCCUCGACUCCACCAACGGCGCCGUUCCCCCGCCCGCGAGCCCCGCGCCGUCGGGGCAGCAGCAGUACGGACGGGAAUACUUCCCGCUGGCCGCCGUCGUUGGGCAGGAUGCAAUUAAAACUUCUCUGCUGCUUGGCGCGAUUGACCGCGAGGUUGGAGGCAUUGCCAUCUCCGGGAAGCGCGGGACGGCAAAGACGGUGAUGGCCCGCGGCUUGCACGCUAUGCUUCCGCCAAUCGAAGUGGUCGUUGGCUCAAUCGCAAACGCUGACCCCAACAUUCCAGAAGAAUGGGAGGACCAUUUGGCUGACCAAGUGCAGUAUGAUGCUGAUGGUAAUGUCAAAUCUGAGAUUGUCAAAGCACCUUUUGUGCAGAUUCCACUUGGUGUAACAGAGGACAGGCUCAUUGGGUCUGUUGAUGUUGAACAAUCAGUGAGAUCAGGGACUACUGUGUUUCAACCUGGUCUUCUUGCUGAAGCUCACAGAGGUGUCCUUUAUGUGGAUGAGAUAAAUCUAUUGGACGACGGCAUAAGCAAUCUGCUUCUGAAUGUCUUGACGGAAGGAGUUAAUAUUGUGGAAAGAGAGGGAAUUAGCUUCCGUCAUCCAUGCAAACCACUUCUAAUUGCUACGUACAACCCGGAGGAAGGAUCCGUACGUGAACACUUACUUGAUCGUAUUGCAAUUAAUUUAAGUGCUGACCUUCCAUUGAGUUUUGAUGACCGCGUGGCAGCCGUCAAUAUUGCAACCCAAUUUCAGGAGUGUAGCAAAGAUGUUUUUAAGAUGGUGGAAGAGGAAACUGAGGUUGCAAAAACUCAGAUAAUUUUGGCAAGAGAAUAUCUGAAGGAUGUUGCUAUCAGCACAGAACAGCUCAAAUAUCUUGUCAUGGAAGCUAUACGUGGUGGUUGUCAGGGGCACCGGGCUGAGUUGUAUGCUGCUCGAGUGGCAAAAUGUCUUGCUGCCAUGGAAGGACGUGAAAAAGUUUUCGCGGAGGACCUUAAGAAAGCUGUAGAGCUAGUUAUUUUACCUCGUUCUAUCAUAUCUGAUAACCCACAAGAGCAGCAAAACCAACCGCCUCCACCUCCACCUCCACCACCUCCACAAAAUCAAGAUAAUGCAGAAGAUCAAGAUGAGAAGGAGGAAGAUGAUGAGAAGGAUGAGGAGGAAAAGGAGGAUGAUGACGAAGAAAACGAAAAACAAGAUGACCAGAUACCCGAGGAGUUUAUUUUUGAUGCUGAAGGUGGACUAGUAGAUGAUAAGCUCCUUUUCUUUGCUCAGCAAGCACAAAGAAAAAAAGGAAAGGCUGGGCGAGCAAAAAAUGUCAUAUUCUCAGAAGACAGGGGCCGAUACAUUAAGCCUAUGCUUCCAAAGGGUCCAGUCAGGAGAUUAGCUGUUGACGCGACACUUCGAGCAGCUGCACCAUACCAAAAACUGCGGAGAGAGAAAAGUCUUGACAAGACAAGAAAAGUUUUUGUUGAAAAGACUGACAUGAGAGCCAAGAGAAUGGCUCGAAAAGCCGGUGCUCUGGUCAUAUUUGUUGUGGACGCUAGUGGCAGCAUGGCUCUGAACCGCAUGCAGAAUGCCAAAGGUGCAGCAUUGAAGUUGCUUGCAGAAAGUUACACAAGCAGAGAUCAGGUUGCAAUUAUUCCCUUCCGUGGAGACUAUGCUGAAGUUCUACUUCCACCAUCAAGAUCCAUUGCAAUGGCUCGCAAACGUCUUGAAAAGCUACCAUGCGGUGGCGGUUCUCCUUUAGCUCAUGGCCUGAGUACAGCUGUCAGAGUGGGAUUGAACGCUGAAAAGAGUGGCGACGUUGGGCGUAUCAUGAUCGUUGCAAUCACCGAUGGAAGAGCUAAUGUAUCACUGAAGAAAUCCAAUGACCCAGAAGCUGCCGCUGCUUCAGACGCACCAAGACCAUCUACUCAAGAAUUGAAGGAUGAGAUACUUGAUGUGUCUGCAAAAAUAUUCAAGGCAGGAAUGUCGCUUCUCGUCAUCGAUACCGAGAACAAGUUUGUAUCUACGGGAUUCGCCAAGGAAAUUGCAAGGGUUGCCCAAGGGAAAUACUACUACCUGCCAAAUGCUUCGGACGCCGUGAUUUCCGCUGCCACUAAGACCGCGCUGGCGGACUUGAAGAGCUAGAGAGCGAUCUCGGAGCAUCGAUCGCCCCCGCCCAAUUGUUGUUUGUACCUUCUGGUGAUACAAGUCGUUCGUGCAGUAAUUUGUGCAGCUGUCCUUAGUCCUUUCUGUAACUUUUUUUUGGGGCGUGCGUUUCAGCUCUUAUGACCCAAUUUUGGUGUAGGUUUUCUUGUCUUCUUUCUUUCUCUUUUACCAGCACCAGCAGGGCUAAAAUCCGAGCAUAACUUCGUGUAAAUGUCGGAAUUCUCCCACUGGCUCUCCGAUAAUUGGCCCUGUAAAUCUACUGCUGUUAAUUUUCGAGGCAGAAAUGCGCUGCUGUCGGGUGUCACUAAAUAACAUUCCUUCAUUUUUGUAAA